ACGUAAUGAAUGGGCGGGCGCGCGUGCGCGGUGGGGCGGCGGUGCGGAGGGAUACGCGCGUGCGCGGUGGGGCGGCCAUGGCGGAUCAACACGCGGCGGAAAUGGAGGACACAGUAAUCAGUCCUGAAAAGGCCGAGGAAGCCAAGUUGAAGUUAAAAUAUCCAAAGUUGGGACAGAAACCCGGUGGAUCAGAAUUUCUGAGGAAGCGACUACAGAAAGAUCCCAAGUACUUUGAUUCAGGAGAUUACAAUAUGGCUAAAGCCAAGAUCAAGAACAAGCAGCUGCCGACCAGUGGAGCAGACAAGAACCAAGUGACGGGAGAACACAUUCCCACUCCGCAAGAUCUGCCUCAGAGGAAGCCUUCACUUGUCGCUAGCAAACUGGCUGUCUGAUAACCUCGUGAAGAAUGCAUAAAACCUGUCAUUCCUCUUUCUCGCUAUUAAUUCCUGUGUUUUAGCUUUUUUUCUUGUACCAUUACAUCAACAUCUCUGACAGCUUGGCAGAUAAACCACAGCACUUUGUUGUUGUUGCAAGAAAUAUUAGUAAACACAGAACAAUGAGAUCUUAUAAACUAAAAACCAUGCACUGAUGGCAAAGGCAUUGAUGUUAUAAGUAGGUAGUAGUGGACUACAGUACUGAGGCACAAUGUAACUUCAUGUAGAAGCAUCCUGAGAAGUAUUGUCAUUAAGUGUUUUACCUUUUUACUAUUCAUUAGUGCUACUGUACAAUUCUAGAUUGAAUUGGGUAAGUCUGAUUUUGUUUUCCCUUUCCUGUGUCAUUGUUUAUUACGGUUCCCAAUGUUGCAAGUGGCAGUCCAUGUGGAUGUGAACACAAAAUUGCAUAGAACAUGUUUGAAAAACCAAGAAUCUGGCCCAGUUUUCAAUGAACCUUCAGAAAUGUUAAACCAAUUUAAAUGUUCAUUAAUUGGACAAUAUUUGUCCACACUGCUAUACCCCAUCCUCGAUAUAUUUCAGUCUCUAUAUCUACUUGUGCCUCUUGUAGUUCUGAAUGGUAUUCCCUAAAGAUUGGUAGAUUAGGGCGAUUAUAUAUUCAAGGUGAUUGAAAUGUGCAUGAGCAUAAACUGUGCAGUCACUUUGUGCCAUUUUUUUGUAAAUAAAAUAGUUUUGCACUA